AACUACUUACGUCGAUCAAGCUUUAUCACCAGAUCUUCUCUUCCCUCUACAUUCCAUUCUGCGAUUAGCAGAAACCCUUUGAUUGUAUUUCUCUGUUGCGCAGUAUAUGGUGUUGUCUGAACUAAGCCAUUAUUUUAUUUUGCUUUUGAAAAGGAGUACUUUUCCCCGAUUACCGUUCAUUUGUAUGAUAUGGGAGGGCCACUGCUGUUGUGGAAUGGGGGACUGUUCACGCUUCUGUUGUUGAUGCCAGGGGUUUUGUGUUGGGGAAAUGAAGGCCACUAUGCGAUUUGUAAAAUAGCAGAGGAGUAUCUUAGUGAAGAUGCUCUAUUUGCAGUGAAACAGUUGCUCCCUGAUUCUGCUGAAGGCGAUUUUGCUGCAGUUUGCCCUUGGGCUGAUACGGUUCGGUUUCAUUAUCACUGGAGUAGUCCUUUACAUUAUGUUGACACCCCGGAUUUCAAAUGCAACUAUAAAUACUGCAGAGACUGCCAUGAUUCUUAUGGACAUAAAGAUAGAUGUGUCACCGGAGCAAUAUACAACUAUACAAUGCAACUCAAAUCAGCUUAUGUCGGCAAUACUUCAGAUUUAAGAUACAAUUUGACCGAGGCACUUAUGUUCUUGUCACAUUUUGUUGGAGAUGUUCAUCAGCCCUUACAUGUUGGUUUCACUGGAGACCUAGGCGGCAACACAAUAAUAGUUCGUUGGUACCGCAGGAAAACAAAUCUUCAUCAUGUAUGGGAUACCAUGAUUAUUGAUUCUGCUCUGAAAAAAUUCUAUAACUCAGAUCUUUCAACUAUGAUACAAGCCAUCCAGACGAACAUUACAGAUGCUUGGUUCAGUGAUAUGUCAACUUGGGGACACUGUGCACAUAACUACACUGCUUGUCCUGAUCGGUACGCUUCUGAGAGUGUUAGUUUAGCAUGCAAGUUUGCUUACAGGAAUGCCACGCCGGGAAGCACUUUGGAAGAUGAGUACUUCCUUUCUCGGCUUCCUAUAGUGGAGAAAAGACUGGCUCAGAGUGGGGUGCGGUUGGCUGCAACCCUAAACCGUAUAUUUGCUCCUCAGGCCAGAAUUGCUCAAGCUUAAAGAUAAAUAUGGAUAUUGGCAUUUAUUUGUGUAUUAGGCAAAUUAGAGACCGGGAACAAGCUUUUUUCUAUCAAGUGAAAUCGGUUACAUGAAUUAUGUAAUACCAGUGUCUUCCAUCAACAAAACUAAAAAUGUUUGUAUAUAUUAUUCACUAUUGAAUUAUGUAAAUCAGAUACCAAUAGUGUCAAAUGCUUUUAUGUUUC